AUGGACAACAAGCCGCACCAAAGGACCCAAAACAUGAACAACAAGACUCUCGGUGGAUCUAUGGUCGGAAAAGAUCCGAGGAGGCACCACCCUCGGCAGCACCCAGCCGAGCCGCCCGGCCGGGCCCGACGGACCGACGCUGAUGGGAAACAUACUGCCAUGGGUGGUUGCAACAGAGCAAGGACCUCCAAGGUGAUGAACAUGGUGCACACGACCGGCCUCCGUCGAAUUGGCGGACUCCUGCGGCUGGUGCUAGAAGCGGCACCGGCGACCCUUCCGGAGUCGAGGGAGAUGGUCAGAGGAAAAGAUCCGAGGAGGCACCACCCUCGGCAGCACCCAGCCGAGCUGCCCGGCCGGGCCCGACGGACCGGCGCUGAUGGGAAACAUACUGCCAUGGGUGGUUGCAACAGAGCAAGGACCUCUAAGUGCCUCGAGGACGAGGACGAGGAGUUCGCGUUGGAAUCGGAGUCGACUCGCCGCAUCCUGACCAGCAGGCGGUACAUCAGCUACGGCGCGCUGCAGAGGAACAGCGUCCCUUGCUCGCGGCGCGGCGCGUCGUACUACAACUGUCGGCCGGGGGCGCAGGCCAACCCCUACCGCCGAGGCUGCAGCACCAUCACUCGGUGCAGACGCUGA